GAAGCAACGGGCGGCCUUCAGCGAUACAGCGCAUCUAGCUAAGUUAUUUGAGCUAAAACGAGAAAUCAUUUCCCCUCCUUUUGGAUAACCGACGUAAGGGUCGUUUGGGAACAAAGAUCCAUUCAUGUGCUGACAGAGGAGUGUAUAUUAAUACAAACAUGUCCGAAGCGUGUCAGGACAGAAGGAGUCGCUGGCAGGAGAUCCAGAAAGGCCUGCAGUUCAUCCAGUCAACCCUUCCUUUUCCUGGAAGUCAAGAGCAGUAUGAGGUGUUCAUUAAGGAUCUCGUGUGGAAUCUUUUUGGGGAAGGAAACGACGUGUUUAAAGAAGGCGAAUGGACAAAAUCUAUCGAGAUGUACACCGAGGCCUUGAGUAUAGCAGAGUAUGCUGACUCGGAAGAAAUCUGUGUUCCAACCAGUUUACUGGAGAAGCUGUAUGCAAACCGAGCGGCCGCCUACCUGAACAUAGUUCCGGGACUGUACGACCAGGCACUAGAAGACUGUGAAAAGGCUCUCCAUCUGAACGAGGGGAACUACAAAGCGCUGUACAGGAAAGCAAAGUCCCUGAAGGAGAUGGGGAGACAUCAAGAGGCCUACGAGGCCGUUGCCAAAUGCUCUCUAGCAGUGCCUCAGGAUUCUAGUGUCACAGACCUGACUCAGGACCUUGCCAAAAUAUUGGGAUUGAAAAUCCGUAAAGCUUAUGUAAGGAGUAAGCCCGCCUUGAAUGUUUUGCGAGCGUCAAGUUAUCAAGAUGCAUCAUGUGAGAAGUUUUCCCAUGGCUCGGCUUCAGUUGAAGAUAUAGAAAUUGAAGUGCCUCGGCUGACCCAGGAAAGCAGUGUUUUGGCGCCAAUCCAAGCUCCGCCGGCGGUGCUGCCGCCUCUAAAUGAAGCACUAGCGGAUGAACUUCCUCCCAACAACAUCAUGUCAUCCGUCACCCUGUCCGAGCCGCCGGGCUUCGAGUCCGUGUCCCUGCCCGUGUCCAAUUCGGUCCCUCUUCCCGUUUCCUCGUUCGUCAACGGGUGCAGAACCAGUAAGCCUUGCUCGAUGCUCGAAACCAGUCAAGAUUUCGACGCAGACAUCAUCGGGGACGACCUCGACGAUCUCCUGGACCAAGCCGGCCCAGAAUCAGCCAUGGUUAUUCCCACAAUGAAGGGGCCUCUUCCUCUGCCAACCAGUAUUGCCUCGGGCAGCUCCAUGUCGAGUCCAUUCCUGAUGCCAUCGCACAUCAACCCGUUCCUCCACAGCAGCACCCAGCAGUGCACCGUCACCCUGCCCCCGCUCUAUCACAAGUCGGGGUCAAGUACCUAUUUUGGCAUGGACACUUUUGAUGCCCUCCCCCCACAACUGGACUCCCUGGAUAGUCUCAACAUUACCGACUAUAAAACAGAUUAUGCUCAGAGUCCAUUCAUUCCACAGCUGAACAAUAAUGACAGCCCGAUGGGGAUGGCUGUGGGAAUGCCUGAGGUGAAGGGUCUCCCUGCUGCUGUGGAGUUAGCAAAGAACCCGUUAGCUGACACUCAUGAGUUCAAACAGGCGUGUUCAAGCUGCUACGUCAAAACUGGGCCCGGAGUGUUAGACUACACGCUUCAUACAGAAGAGCACAAAUGCAAAAAGGACGCUUUACUCGGCAGAAUCAAACACUCGCCAGACAAAACGUGGAAGCUCAUCCGACCAAGACCGACAAAAACCCAAUAUGUUGGACCUUAUUACAUUUGUAAAGAGGUGGCUGUUGGGAAAGAGUGCCUGUACCCGGGCCACUGCACAUUUGCAUACUGCCAGGAAGAGAUUGAUGUUUGGACUCUGGAGCGGAAAGGUUUCAUCUCCAGAGAGCUGCUCUUCGAUCCCUAUGGACCCAACUCCAACAUCCGGCUGACUGUCCCCAAGAUCUUACAGGAGCAUCAUGGGAUAUUCAUGUUUCUCUGUGGAGUGUGCUUUGACCACAAACCGCGAAUAAUCAGCAAAACCAACAAAGACGACCUCUCACUCUGCUCUCAUCCGGUGACGAAGCACGACUUUGAGGAUCAUAAGUGCCUGGUCCACAUUUUGAAGGAGAACACGGUUCGUUAUUCCAAAGUCCGACCCUUGAGUCCUCACUGCCAGCUGGAUCUUUGUCGGCAUGAAGUGCGCUACGGCUGCGUGAGAGAGGACGACUGCUUCUACGCCCACAGCCUCAUCGAGCUGAAGGUCUGGAUGAUGCAGCACGAGCUCGGUAUCACUCAUGAAAGCAUUGUCCAAGAGGCAAAGAAGUUUUGGAAUUCAACAGCGUCGUUGCAGGGAGCCCAGCAGCUGUCCAACACACAGAGGAGGUUUGGGCCUCCCAAUCUGAAGAUGAUGUUUGUUUGUGGCCAGUGCUGGAGAAAUGGCCAACUCAGCGAAGCUGACAAAAACAAGAAGUAUUGCUCAGCCAAGGCGAGACACACGUGGGCUAAAGACCGGCGGGUGGUGCUCGUAAGUUCCCAUGAAAGGAAAAAGUGGACAACAGUCAGACCGCUUCCAACCAAAAAACCCAUCCCAUCUCAAUUUGAGAUUUGCAUGCAUGUGACAGCUGGCAAGAAGUGUCAGUACAUUGGGAAUUGCACGUUUGCUCACAGUCUAGAAGAACGAGACCUGUGGACCUACAUGAAGGAGAACAACAUUCCAGACAUGGAUCAGCUGUAUGAGCAGUGGCUCCAGUCUCAGAAGCCUGGCUGGGGGGACGAGACCUCCACUAACUCUGUGAGGGAGAACGGCAAACAAAUCCACAUGCCGACAGACUACGCUGAGGAAGUGGCCGGUAAUCACUGUUGGCUGUGUGGUAAAAACUGCAACAGUGAGAAGCAGUGGCAGCAGCACAUCACGUCAGAGAAACACAAAGACAGAGUCUUCAACUCUGAGGACGAUCAGAACUGCUGGCAGUAUCGGUUUCCCACGGGCACUUUCAAAGUUUGUGAGAGGUUCCUCAAAAGCACGUGCACAGAGGACGAGUUGUGUAAGCUGGCUCACGGGGAGCAGGAACUGAAGGAGUGGAUGGAGCGCCGGGAGUUCCUUUUGAUGAAACUAGCCAAAGCCAGAAAAGACCAUCUUAUAGCACCGAAUGACAAUGACUUUGGGAAAUACAGUUUUCUGCUUAAAGACAUUAUUUAAUGGUGCGAUGACGAUAUUCAUGCUCACUUGCAGCUAAUGCAGUAUUCAAACAGUGGAGUCAGGUGAUCCCUGAGGGCCUCGAGGAAACAGCCUGAUCGCAGCAUGAUUUUAAAGAGGCCGCUCAGGACCGGCGCUCUGACUGGUGGCUGGUUUACUCUGAUCUGGACGACAGUAGUGUUAUCGUUAACAGCAAACACUGAGUGGAAGACACCCGGAGCUUUGCUAUGUGCCAUUCAGCAGAGCGUCUGCUAGACGGGGCUGAGAGCGGCACGUGUAAACCUCCAUCAGAGGCGUGUUCAGAUAAAUGUUGACCUUAAAGUAAUUUCUUUUCCCAAACCGUUUGUGUUAACGACCUUUACAGUUCAUGUAUGGGAUACUUAAAUUGAGAGUUCAGUUGACAUUCUCUUAUUUUAAUCCUUCAUAGGUCAUUUCCAUUUAUCUAUUAAUAUACCAGUGUAAUGGACACCACUCCAAAUAAAGCUUCUUUUUAUAAACCGUUUUAA